AUGUCCUACUCUCCCGAUGCAAAGGAGAAGCCCUUCUUCAGCCCCGGCCAGGAGAAGGGAGACGUCGUCCCCACCCUCGAGACUGGCGAAUACGGACGAGACCCGACCAAUGCCUUUGGGCAACAGGAGCAUGAGAAGCUCAAGCACGCCCUCCUCCCUCGCCAUCUUGCCAUGAUUUCCAUCGGCGGUGUCAUCGGUACCGGUCUUUUCCUUGGUUCUGGUGGCUCCCUUCACAACGGUGGUCCCCUCGGUCUCUGGCUGGGUUACAUUCUCAUCGGCACCGUGUGCUACUCGAUGAUGAUGUGCCUCGGUGAGAUGAUCUCGCAGUACCCGGUACCCGGUGGACACCUCAAGCUGGCCGAACGCCUCGUCGGCAAGCCCUUUUCAUUGGCUGUUGGUUGGAAUUACUGGUACAACUGGACGAUCAUCUUGCCCGCCGAACUCUCUGCCGCUGCCGUUCUCAUGACCUUCUGGACCGACAAGAACCCCGCCAUCUGGAUUUCAAUCUUCCUCGUCCUCGUAGUCGCCAUCAACUGUGCUGGCACCCGCGUCUACGGUGAAGCAGAGUUCUGGUUCGCAUCCAUCAAGGUCAUCACCAUCGUCGGCCUCAUCAUCCUCUCCAUCUGCAUCGACCUCGGCGCCGGUGACCAGGGCCGUCUCGGCUUCCGAUAUUGGAAGAACCCCGGCCCAUUCGCUCAGUACCUCGAGAUCGCUGGCUCUUGGGGACGAUUCCUUGGCUUCUUCAGCGUCCUCUUGCAGGCGAGCUUCAGUUUCAUCGGCACGGAGAUCGUCGCUAUCGCCGCAGGUGAAGCUCGCAACCCGCGCAAGACGGUACCCUCCGCCAUCAAGAAGGUGUGGGUCCGUAUUCUCAUCUUCUACAUCCUGGGCACCUUCUGCAUCGGUCUCAUCUGCCCCUCCAACGACCCUGCCCUCACUUCGGGCCAGAAGACGACCCGAUCCCCCUUCGUCAUCGCCAUCAAGGCUGCGGGCAUCAAGGGACUCCCCUCGGUCAUCAACGCUGCCCUGAUCACGUCCGCAGUCAGCGCCGCGUCAUCCGACCUCUUCACCUCGUCGCGUGCCCUCUACGGUCUCGCCAUCGCAGGCAACGCUCCUCGCAUCUUCGCCCGCACUACCAAGAGUGGUCUUCCCUACUAUGCCGUUGGUGUUUCCAUCCUCUUCUCUUCCCUCGCCUACAUGUCCGUAUCUAACGGUGCCGCCACCGUCUUCGGCUGGUUCGCCAACAUGACCUCGAUGGCUGGUCUCUCCACCUGGACCUGCAUCGCCAUCAUGCACCUGCGCUUCCGCAAGGGAAUGGCACGACAGAACAUCCCCCGCUCUACCCUUCCCUUCACGGCCCGCUUCUCGGUCAUCUACGCCCCUUGGGUCAUCUUUAUGACGACGAUCGUCAUGUUCUUCUCCGGCUUCGCCUACUUCCUCGAUGCCAACAAGCCCUUCAGCCAGUCGGACUUCUGGACAAACUACGUGCCCAUUCCCUUCUUCCUCGUCCUCUUCAUCGGAGCUCUCAUCUACUACGGCCGAGGCUCCAUCCUCAGGGUGGACCAGAUCGACUUUGUCACUGGUCUCAAGGAGCUCGAGGACAACGAGUACGAAGAGGAGAAGCCCACGACUCUCUGGGGCAAGAUUUGGGCCGUCAUUGCUUGA